AUGUCACACAGCCGGAAAUCUGUCAUCAAUUUGGUUCUAGGCGCCGCCAAUAUCGGGGACAAGUCUAUCGACGCCAUGGCACGUUUUGACACACCUGACGAGGUCAGGUCUUUCCUAGACGUCUUCGCAAGGCGUGGGUAUAACCAAAUCGAUACUUCGCGCAUGUAUUCACCUCAUGCACCGGGAAGCUGCGAGCCUAGGCUUGCAGCUGUUUCAGCGGGUGAACGAUUUGUCAUCGACACCAAAGUCAUGUCUUGGAAGCCAGCAACCCAUGCUAAGAACGAAGUCUUGUCCGAGAUCAACCUCUCGCUCGAGACAUUGCGGAUCCCGCAAAUCAACAUCGAAUAUCUGCAUGUUCCUGACCGUGACACCCCGUUCGAGGAACCAUGUAAAGCUAUGACUCAGGCAUACAACGAAGGAAAAAUCAAGCGUUGGGGGAUUUCUAAUUACACAGCAGAAGAAGUCCAACGGUUUGUCGAUAUUUGCGAGGAAUACGGCUAUGUGAAACCGAGUGUUUACCAGGGUCAGUACAAUGCAGUUGUACGAAGUGGCGAAAAGGAUCUUUUCCCUAUUCUUCGGAAGAAUGGGAUUGCUUUCUACGCGUACAGCCCCGCUGCUGGAGGCUUGUUUGCUGGCAAUCACAAAAACGCCAAGGCUGGUGGGCGAUGGGACAGAUCGAUUUCCUCUGGCGAGGUGUAUGCAAAUCUCUACUUGAGACCCUCCAUCAUGGCCGCCACCGAAAAGGCACUUGAAACCGCAUCUCGGCACGGCAUCGCCGGUCACGCCGUUGCGCUUCGUUGGACGGCACAUCACAGCGUUCUUAGUAGCAAGCACGGCGACUCGAUCAUCAUUGGUGCUUCUAGCGUGAAUCAGUUGGAGUCCAACAUUGACAUGAUUGAACAAGGACCAUUGCCGCACGAUGUGGUGGCUGCUAUCGAAGCGGUGUAUGAGGAGAUCGGCGACGAAAUUCCGUACCAUUUCUAG